CGGACAUUUUGGAUUGGAUUUCAGAGCGCUAUGUAGCGGAUACUGUACAAACAAUGAACCAUGUAACCAUGUCAGUGGAAUAUGCCAAAGUGGUUGUCAGGACGGGUAUAUGGAGUCCCAUUGUAAUAAAUCUUGCAAGACAGGAUAUUUUGGCAGAAAUUGUUCCCGGGUAUGUUCACCUAACUGUAAAGCUGACACAUGUCGGCACACGGACGGAUCGUGUACUUGUGUUGCAGGUUAUACGGAUUUUAAUUGUACCACAGAGUGUGUGUUGUCUUAUGGAGAAAACUGCCAGUCUCCAUGCAAUGCUUACUGCAUCAACCAGACAUGUGACAUAAUCAAUGGCAGUUGUACUUAUGGUUGUAUAGAGGGAAAACAAUGUGAUGAAGCUAAAAGCCAUCCCCAAACAGUUUCCUCGUCAGAGAAUAUACCUUUAAUUGGAGCCUUGCUUGGCACAUGCGUGAUUGUGAUUAUCGGAACUAUCGUAUCUUUUUUUGUGAUACGCCUAAAACGAAAAUCAACAGCGAUAGCAAAACGUCAGUCAUUUCUUUUGGAAACAAAGCCUUUACGUACUAAUAAAUCUAUGGUAGAACAGCCUAAGUUACCAAAUUGUAGAUCACAAGCUUUGUGCCCACAUGACGUCGUGGAGUCUACAUAUGCUCUGCCUGAAAAAACCAAAAGAGGUCCUCCAACAAAUAAGAAUAUUUCUGUCAGGAAUAUGAAAGCACAAAUUACAAACAUGUACUUAAAUGAGAACAAUGGGUUUAAGAGUGAAUAUCAUGUAAGGAUUUAUUCUUUUGUUAUUUUUUAUUUUUAUUUACUGUCAUUUUUUUAAUCUGUUUAAGAUGGAUUUUAUAGGUAGUAGGAUAUAUAUGUAAUAUUACAGGACAUACC